UUGCGGCAAAGUAACUAGUGUAAACAACUGUGUAAGUUGAUGUAUUCCAGACAGCAAUGAAGAAUCAAACUAUCACCAAUGUUUCGCCAGUAUUUUGUGACGUGUUUUAUAGCAAUCCUGAUUUUAUUUGAGACCACUGAUAGUCAAGAUAUUCAAGGAAGGGUCAACCUGGGGUCAGAUGGUAACUCUACGACAUCACCCACUGAUUUCUUCUUCACGCUCAAUGUCAAUUCUGGGACCCUGCCGUUGAACUUUGACCUGUACAAUGUGACGGAUGGAAGUAAUGCCACGGGGGUUGCAUUUGAUGAAGAUGUGACUGUGUCCUGUGCCAUAACAACAGUUUUUACUGAAGGAGAUUCUGUAUUACAAUUCACUGAUGCAGUCAUAGAACUUAGAAAUGGCGUCACUGUGGGUGAUGCGCCGUUUGACAUUGUAUCCCAGGGAAGACAGGUUGAGGUGCAAUGCAGGGGAGAGACGACAACCCCAGGGUUGACAUCGUACUUCAGUCUGAACACCUCGGCAGGACAAACAGGGCAUGUAACAAUCAAGAAAAGUCCCGUACUCAGUCUAUGUCAGGAGAGAAUCUUUGUUGCUAAUAGCAACGGGAUAACAAGAGGACAACUCAACCUGCAGCUUAGUGAACCAGUGCAAGGAUCUAAUGUUACAGCACAGUGUGAUGUCACUGGCAUAACAUCUGUUGGCAUGGUGGUGUGGUUGAGUUUCGACAUAGUCAGUAUCCUUAUUGACCAAGACAGUGCAACGAUGCCGUAUGACAUCACAGGUCGUGGUGACACCUUACAGGUUACAUGUUAUGCAGAAUCAGACGAUGAUGUGCAGUAUCAACGAAGCUCAUCAUCAAGUGACAUCCUCUUUGACUUUGAGAUGGGUUCCGUAACAUUGUUACCGGCCACAUCCAGGGUGACCAGUAAUAAAUUCACCCCCUUACUGGUCCUGGCCGAACCCCUCCAGCCUGGUGACGAUGAGGUAACGUUCCUGUGCACCCUCACCCAGCUAAACUCAACGGACGAAGUGCAAAGCUUUCUCGACCGUGCGGAAUGUACGGUACCAGAGAGUGGUCUCGCAACAACACCUAAUCCAACAGCUGGUCCGACUCCUGCCAUGACAACCUCAACAAACACUUCAAACUCUACCUUGCCCACCAAUGCAACCCAACCAAUCACAACAACCCCUCAAAUAACCACCCCUCAACCGACCACCCCGCCACUAUUAACCCUUCCCCCGACUACCCCGCUCCCCACGACCCAAUCUCCAACGUUCCCGGUCCCGACAACCCCACCAGGCAACGUCAGCUCAGAGUGGAAGCUCGCAGAGUCGGAGAUCGUCUUCCAAGAAGGGGACAUGGAGCUUGCGUUGUUGGUCAGCCGGAGCGGCAGCAGGGACGGUUACCAGGGAGUUUUACUGGUAACCUGCUGUGCCGCUAAGGAGCUAAACACGAGUCCGAAGUAUAGCGGGUUGAUAACAGCAGUGGUGGCGACGGUCGACGUUCCACCGGCAAGAUCUAUCAACUGGACAGCUGCGUCAGACGUCAGUCAACCCCAAACAGAGAGAGUCAUCACAAACCCAGCCUACACUGAGGUCUCACCCUGCCCCUGUGAUCUGACGUCCAAUAAAUGUGAUGUCAAUUGUUGCUGUGACUCGCUCUGCUCGGAAGAAGAUCAAACAGCCUUCAUCUGUAUCCCGGGUAUCCCUGGCGGAAAUUUUACCAUUCAAGACGAUUACAACUGCAAAACUCAAGCCAUUUUCAAAUCAGACUGGUCCCCGUUCCUCUGUGUGGAAACCGACAACAGCCCCUACCUCGGGUACUACUUCUCGUCUCGGCCAGGAACUCGUAACGCGGCCAGCUUCAACGCCCUGAAAGCCACAACUCCACAGACAACAAGUUUUGAGGACACUGAGCAACGCUCUCUGGAAUUUCAGGAUGAAGACACCAACGCAGGAGGGUAUAAGUUUGGAUUUCCGGUCGAGACUUUAUUCAAGACUAGCGUCCGUGGGUUUCUCGCUCUGCCCCAGGUGGAUUCUAAUGGUGGCUGCUCUUGGCUUUCCCCAAUCAGAUUCCAGAUGGGUACGUCUUCAAGUUGUGACGUGGACCCCAAGGAGGACCUAUGCGUUGACUCCUCAGUGCUAAGCGCCCGCGCUUUUACACUCUCGUCCAAUGCUGCGUAUCCACCAUGCUCGGAAGCACCGGGAAUUCUGAGAAGUUACGGUGGUAUUAAUCCAGCACCAACAUCCGUCAGGUACUACUGCACAGAUGACAUCACGGCCUACCUCGUUUCUGGGUUGCGAAUCGAAGAGUUGGUCUCUCCAAACCAAGAAUCCCUCUUCCCUGACGGUAGCUCCAACGCUACCUUCGCACUGCCUGACCGUUGUUCUUGGGAUGAUGGGUUCACCCUCCCACCCGUGCCCCAAUAUAACAACCAAACUUCACUUUGUAGUAACGUUGUACUUGAUGUCCGCUAUGAGUUAUUCUGGCGAGGAAACCAGAUCGUUCAAGCGGAUGCUAGUGUCAUCCUAGGCGUGGCUGGCUUAGCGCUAGUGGGCACCAAAGCUUCAACAGACGACGACGAAGACGUCACAUUUGUGACUCCCCCGACGACUCCUGUUCCGACCAUGGAGGUAACAAUGGAGGGCACUGAAAUAGUAACCCUCAUAGAAGAUGUGACUGAUAUCAUCACCAUGCUGGGAACGGACCCAGAAACGUUCGGAACUAUAGACCCCACAACCCAAAUGCUGACCACCUUAGCACCCACAACCCAGCCUCCGACUCUCCCUCCAACAACGACCCCUGCCCAACCAAUGACCACCCCUGCCAUACCGGUAACCACCUCAGAUUUCACCACGUCCUCCAUGACUACCGGCAGUACCAUCGUUGUCGAACGGUACCCUGCUUUGCCCUUCACUCAACAUUUCUCAGUCAAAUUUACACACCUCUCCACGCCCAUAUCUGACCCUGCCCCAAUUGACCCGCCAGACGUCAGCGAUCAAGUAGAACGGUCUGGUAACCCUGGUUACAUCAUUGGGAGGAGAGUGUUGUCGGGUGUGGCUGUUUACGACCCUCAGACUGAGUGCAACAAUGAGAGUCUGUGUGCCACCGUUGAACCAGUACAGUUUAGUGACUUUGUGAGGGUUGAUGAUGCAGAGACGAACAGGCUGAGAGUCUGGGCACCAGGCCCAGGGAGUCUAUGCUCACAGUCUAGCCUGGUUGAUGUCACAUAUGGAGAGGACCAUGUCUCGGGCUGUAUUCUCAGGCUAGGUUGGUCACAAGUCAGCAACUGCAGCGCAUUGCGAGAGACGAUGCUGAUGGAGUUCCUGUCAAUGAUGGCAGCAGACAGGAUUGGUAAAACCGGCAACGCAAGCACGACCAUGUUAAGGAACUGGGCGCCAGUUUUUAAACCUGUGGAACAACCACUUCCAACUGACCCUCCACCUGUCACAGCUGCCGUGACAACUGAUGCCAUGACAACUGCUGACAUGACAACGUCGGAGGAGCAGAACGAGACGCUAGAGUAUCGACCCCUUGAUCUGGGUCAGGGUGUGUGUUAUGACGUACCCACUGGAGUGAAUCUGGAGAUCUUGUAUGCAAAUACUGGGGAGUUUGGUGGUCUAGUGCAGCAGGAGAUCUUAUCCGCGCGAAUCAACUUUAGCAAGUCGACCAUCAAGUUUCAAUGCAGUGGAGCCAACAGCGUUACAUGCCACCUCAAUCAAGCCUCUGACAAUGCAACAGAAUGGGUGCAGUCUUUUCCAGUAACAAGCACUGUGGUUUUCACCAGGGUGCCUGCUGAAGAUUUGGGGCCAGGCUAUCUGUUAUCAGGCCCGAUACGCUGCGACAAUGAUCAAUGCUUUGAAGAGAUGUACUUCCCUUUUAGUCCACGCUUUAAAGGUGAUUCUCCACAGUAUACCAUUGGCGUGGCGCUGUUUCUAGUCUUGUUAACUAUCGGUUAUGUUGCAUUUACAAGACUUUGAAUAUGAGGACGAUAAGGUAGUUUUGUGGAAAUGUGUCCAUUGUUCCGAUAAGCCAAAGAAACGUAAUGUAAAACUGAGAGCAGUUAUUUAGUUCCUUUUCCAACAGAUCUGGGCCCCAUUUCAUUGCGCUGCUAAGCACAAAAGU